AUGAAUUUGUUUUCAACGUUAUCAUCUCCACUGCUUGUCCGGACAGCUCGUCUGUCAAUUGCAUCUCCCGGAGCACGGUAUAUAACUUCGACCGCUUACAGACUCGCAGAAACAAAAGCUCAAGAUUCGUCGCACCAAAAGCAAUCGAAUGAUGCAUCAGAUAACCAAUCAGCAUCGAAGCUCAAGCAAGACAAAACCAAAAACGUUGCUCAGGCGGAUCAAGAGCUCCGAGAGCGGCUCGAGCAAAUGUCUGGCGGUGGUGGUGCUUCGGGGAUUGAGUAUGAAGAUGGAAAACCUAGCGCCAUGAAGCGCAGCGUACGAAACAACAUGUUCCGCUAUAUCUGA